AUAACUUUGGAAGGAGCAAAGAGAAAAAAGUAUAUUGAUUUAUUUUCUCAUUCUCUGACCUUUUCUGCCAUCCCGAAUAUUAUCUAAGUGCAGUUGGAUGGAUUUUUCAACAUGAUAGACCAUGGCCCAGGAGGCAGAUAACCAGUAUGAGGCGUCAGAUGAGUCCUCUGAGAACGAACUUCUGGACCGAAGUCUCUCUGUGUGGAAGGGAUGGAACUGGAAUGUCAAAGAUGUGUUUGACCCAAUACCAUUAGACCUUCACACGGCAUCCAGUAUCGGGCAGUAUGAUGUUGUUAGGUCAUACAUUUCCAGGAAAGUUGACUUGAACAAGAAAAAUGUUGGAGGAUGGACACCCCUUAUGUAUGCCUGUUAUAUUGGCCAUGACAACAUUGUAAAUCUAUUGUUAGAUGCUGGUGUAAGCGUGAAUGUCAAGAACCAUAAAGGGCAGACCCCACUGAUGCUGGCAUCCAGCUGUGGAAAUGAGAGUGUGGGCUAUUUUCUAGUGCAGCAAGGUGCUGAGCUAGAAGCUCGAGAUCAUAAAGGCUGGAAUGCUUUGUUUCAUGCAACCUAUGCUGGACACCAGAACAUGGUGAAAUUUCUCCUGGAGCAGGGAGCCAAUAUCAAUGCUGUGGAACCAAGUCAUGGAUUAACUCCCUUUAUGGAGGCAGCAGCUGAGGGACAUGAAAUUAUUGUUCAACUUCUUCUGCAUCACGGAGUAAAUGUGUUUACAAAGGCCCACAAUGGGGACACAGCUAGAUCACUGGCCCUCAUACACAGCAAUAUGAAGAUUGUCAGUCUCAUUGAUAACCAUGUCAUGCCUAAUACAUGUCUGAGAUCAGAAGCAGGUUUAGAUGCUGGGGAACUAAGUUCAUCUGACGAAGCUUAUUCCAAACCCAAGCAAGGUCACAGGGGUCAAAAGGGUAAAGGUCGUGGACUAAGUAUACGAGAUGGACCUGAUGCGAUAGCUAGACUUAUCAACAGAUCUCCAACUAAUGAGAACUAUAAAAAGCAAACAAAAGGCCCAAAAGUCCCAAAGGGGUAUGUGACUUUUCCCAAGGGGGAUGUGGGAGAAGAUGGGAAAUCCAAGCUUAGUUACAGAGAUGUGACCUCCCCAAUCAAUUUACAGGACUAUAAUGCUCUGGACAGUUCUGGAGGAAGAAACACAGACUCCAAUGAUAAUGAGCCAGGGGAGGAUGGGAAUGCCUUCUCUAAAACUGGUGCCCUGACCAUCAAGAGUAGUUCUGGUUCCAGUGGGGGCCUAAUGGCUGCCUUUGGUCUCAGUCACAGCAGUAACGAGAGUGAUGGGUAUCAACCCCAGGACAGUGUCAGUUCCUCACCAGAUGGCAGCACUGGAGGCCGAGACUUGUCCGAGAAUGAGGGAGCUCUGUCCCCCGCCUCUAGUUACAAUAAAGCCAUGGCACAGCUCAGCAUAAAGAACCAGUCAGGAGUAUCCUCAGAAUCAGAGUUAGAGAAUAUCACAACAAAUGAAAAAAACAGUAAAAGCAAUACAAAGCAGCAGGUCUCCCCGAAUAACCCACAGCCCAAAUCUAGUGCAAUGAGCCCAACUUCACAGCUCAAAGACCGAGAGAAACAGUCCAAUAAAAGUCGAUCCAACUCGCCCAGCGUGAAGUUCAAUACUCAGGAUGUGAUCAUGCAACAGUCUGUUCCUGUCCAUACCCCUCCCCCACAGCACCAGAUAGAUCAGCACCGCCCCCCACCAAAGCAGCCCUCCCUCCCAGUCACACAAGUCCUAUCCUACCCAACCACGCAAAUCCCCCAGCAUUUCCAGGGUGCCAAGCCUAAAGUGCCAAUGCCCAGCUUUAACAAUCUUGCCGCAAACUUUAUGUCUCAGCUUGGUUGUCAUAUAUUCCCAUCUCCUCCUGUGAUUCCUGAUCCACAGUUCUUUGUUCCUAAAAAGCCAGAUCUGGAGGAGCACCCUAGAGAUCUACCCUCCCUGCUACAUCAGCUGGGUUUGUCUAAAUACCUGAAAGUAUUUGAGGAACAAGAUGUUGAUCUACAGGUGUUCCUUUCUUUGACAGAUAAUGAUCUUAAAGAAAUCGGAAUAAAAUUAUUUGGUCCCAGAAAGAAAAUGACCAAUGCUAUAGCUCGCUGGCAGAGCAAGGCACCCAUGCCAACCAAUGACAAACUGGAGCAGGCUUAUGCUGAUCGACUCGAAGGGGAGAUGCAGGAAAUGGCUCUUCAGCUUAUAAAGGCAACAGAGCAGGUGGAUUCCAUGAGAGCUGAAGUCAAACAAGAACAACAACUCCGUCUUGUGACAGAAAGCUGUUUGAAUGAUGAACGUGCUAUACGUCACCAUAUGACUGGGGUCAUGAGAGAAAUGAGGAUGAAAUGUGAUGAAAUGAAAGAAUCCCUACGCAACCUUACUCAUAAUCAUUCAGAAAUUCGUUUGAAGCUGCAGAAUUCUGGAGAUUCCAAUGCAUUAAAAGACAUGUCUGAUAACAAUCGCAGUAUAACAUUGACCAAUGACAGGCUGUGUAACUUAGAGGGCGUGAUGAAGAAGACGGAACAGCAGAUUAAGGAUCUCCAGAAAUAUCUGUCUGUCGUCAUGAUAAACAUCAACAGAAUCGUCAGAAGAACUCACAAUGAAAACGGAUUCUCCUGAGUGUAUUACAAUGAAUGAAAUUGUUGUUUAUUGUUAGUGAUAAAAAAAAGUAUUUUGAGCAUAUUCAUGACAUAUUUUUCUGAUGUAGAAUCUCAAUUGUAUGUGCUGUAAAUUACAGAAUUAAGCAUUUAUAAAAGCUGUA